AUGACGUUACAAGGAUCUCUUGGUUGCGCCUCUGCCUCAUAUACGAUGACCGAGAUUGUCGAUCUUCUCUCGAGCUCUCCGCCUCGGCCACCCACAGCUCGCCAACCAUCUCUCCCGGCUGCAGGCUCCAAACGGCCCCCACCUAGGGAGAAAUCACCAAUUAUCGAAGAUGCCCUCUUCGUCUCGGACGAUGAGUUGGCAGCUAACCCAGUGGUUGGAACUGGGUGGUCAUGGAAAGGGCCUAACGCAGAAGGACCAGCGACCAAGAAGCGCCGGAUAAGCGCAGCAGACUCAAUCGUAUCGAGUCCAAAAAGGAACUCUCCGUCGUUGGCAGCUUCGAUUCCUUCACCUUCUGCGCAGCCCAUGGAUCAGCAACGGAGUAGCUCUGUCCCUAAAGGAGUAAAGAACAUUGGAGGAAAGUUCUACCGACCCGGGCUUGAUGAUUCGGAAGGUGAAAUGGAUGAUGACCCUUUCCGAAGCCCGUCACCUAAGGGGAAAGAGGUUGCAUCUACGCGAAGGGGAUUCGACCAGCCAGAAAUAGACCUUUUGUCUGACGAUGAACCGGACAGUGACCCUUUCAGAUGUUCGCCACCUAGGGGCAAGGAGACUGCAUCAACACGGAGAGGUCUUGACCAGCCAGAAGUGGACUUUCUGUCUGACGACGAGCUUUUUGUGAGCGAGACACCCCAUGAUAAGGGGAAACAGCCGAUGCCAGCUGUACCGAAGCGGAAUCUUAUGGCGGAGGAUAUCAUCUCAAGCUCGCCGGCGCUGACGCAGCGAGCAAAGAGCACACUCAGCAAGACUGCUGACUGGGGUCCUAUCUCGAGCUCGGCGCCCAUUCCAGCCUCUGAUAUUGGCCACCCGCCGGAGCCAUCUCGUCCCUUCCGCAAGACUCGAUCAGAGGUCAUUUUGCUUGACGAUUCUGACGACGCCAUGGAUGAUGUGGACUCCGAUAAAGACGAUAUCCCUGAUAUUAUGGACCUUGCCAGUUCCAAGCGAAAAACCACCUCUGGGUCAACCUCUAAGCGGCCGCCGACAGUUACCAAAUCAAGGAACAAGAGGUUCACCACAGGUGUCUUAUCAGCCAAUGCUGUUGACCUCCCAGAUGAGGAGAGAAAAACGCAACAAACGAAAACCCCCGCCGAAAAAGCAGCAGAGAAAGCAACCAAAGCCGCCGCCCUCGCCGCCGAAAGAGAGCGCAAGCGUCUCGAGAAAGAAGCCGCCAAAGAAGCCAAAGCCUUUGAAAAGAAAAAAGCAGCCGCCCUCGCAGAAGUGAACAAACUUCGCACCGACAAAAAGGUCUCUACCCCCGAAAUGAUUGUUGACCUCCCCAUCGGCCUCAACCCAACCAUCAAAAUCCAGGCCAAGGAACUUCUAAAAGACCUCUCCGUCCAAGUCCAAUCCUCCCGCUCCCCGGUUGACAACAUCGUCCGCUGGAAGCGAGAGGUAGACGUGGAAUACAACCCUGCCCUUUCCAUCUGGGAACCUGUUCCCCAUCGAAUCGACACGGAGAAGUACGCCAUGGCUAUCAUGCCCGCCGCUCGGUUUGUGGAGUUAUGCCUCUCCCCAUCCACCCCAAACCUGGACUCGCAUGUUUCCUCAAUGAAGUCCAGUUUUCCCGGAUUUACCUUGAUCUACCUAAUCGAAGGCCUAAACCCCUUCCUCCGCAAGAACAAGUCCGCUCGAAACAGGCAGUUUGUCUCCGCCGUCCGUGACGGGCUCGAUCCCCCUUCUAGCACCCAGCCCAACCGGCCGGCCAACAACAACCAAAAAAUAAUCAACGAAGACCUCGUCGAGCAAUCCCUCCUCCAGCUACAGCUUGUUCACUCAGCUCUCAUCCACCACACCAACGCCCCGAUUGAAACCUCGCAGCAAAUCGCCGUUUUCACUCAGCACAUCUCCACUGCGCCGUACCGGCGGUUGAGGGAUCAGACGAAUGACACCCAGGCGGGGUUCUGCAUGGACUCUGGGCAGGUCAGGACUGGGACCGAGACGAAGGAUAUUUAUGUGAGGAUGCUGCAGGAGAUUGGGGGGGUCACGAAGCCGAUCGCGGUGGGGAUUGCGCAGGAGUAUGGGAGCGUGAGUCGGUUGAAGAGGGUGAUGGAGGAGGAGAGGCCGUUGAUACGGGAGACGGUGAGGAAGGGGACGAAUAGGGAUGGGGGGUUUAGUGAUCGGGCGAUUGGGCAGGCUUUUAGUAGGCGGGUGCAUAAGAUAUUGCUGGGGAGGGAUGGGGGGAGUAGUGAUAUUUGA